AUGGGUUCUCCUUUAAAGGAGAAAACUUUUCCUUUCUGUGUUGCUUUCCUCAGCUUCCUUGUGUUUCUGAGAUACCAGAUUUACUAUGGCUACCCCCUGCUGACUUACCUGGAGUACCCCAUCCUCAUUGCACAAGAUGUCAUUCUCUUAUUGUGUGUUCUGCAUUACAGUGGAAAGAUGGAGCAUGUUUUGCCUUACAUUGCCAUAUUUGUAGGGGGAUGGUACCUUCUAACGCUGCAGAAGUGGAUAAUAGACUUGGCAAUGAAUUUGUGCACAUUAAUCAGUGCAGCCAGUAAACUUGCUCAGCUGCGUUGCCUGUGGCAGACAAGAGAUUCUGGACAAGUGAGCGCCCUAACCUGGAGUAUGUCUGCAUUCACCUGUGCAACAAGAAUAUUUACAACUGUAAUGACCACAAGUGAUCUUAUGGUUCUUGUCCGUUUUGUGAUUAUGCUGAUUCUCAACAUAUGGGUCACAACUACAAUACUCCGCUACAGGAAGACUGAAAAGACAGAUUAGAAGACCAGUUUUCCACAGCAUAUGGCAUGUGUGCUAACAAACCCCACAGUGAAAUCUGAACAGCGGACCACAGUUCCAGGCAGUCUUCUUCCUCCAGGCUUGGAUCGUAUAUCCCUAAAGAUAUUGAACCCAGCUUGGCUAGGUUUUUAUUACCAGUAAUACAUAGUAAAAUACACUUCAGUUGAACAGUACGUUUUUAUUGGUCACUUGCAGCAAGUUUUACUUACCGUAUUUGGGAUUUUUUAAUUGAUAUUUUAUACAUUCAUAUAUCUAUUUUUGUAACUCCACAAUAAUUUUUACUGAUUAAAAAUAAAACUCAGUUUCCUUUCUAUGUGCAGAGUGGAAUUGUUUCCACACAGUUCAUCCUCUUUCUGCAUCUCGUGUGAGUAGUGGCCUUGGCAGCAGACUUCUUUCUCCUUACAUUGGUAGACCUCCUCGUGAUUUUACCCCUCUCUGAUCAGUAGUAAUUAGAGGUUAGCCAUGUGCAUAAGGUAAACAAAUCAAGGCAGAUGGCAGCGUCCUUACACUGCACUGGUUUGUAUGGCUGACACCUGAAGCAGAAGCAAUAUAGCUGCAUUUGCAGCACAGCACAGAGCACUAUGGUUCAGCAUUCAGCACUGACGCACCUAUGAGUAUUUCAAAUGCACACUUUAUCCAAUUAAGAAGUCUAGAUCAACCCACACUACACCUGUAGAUAUCACUCAUUUCAAGUUAGUCAUUUUUAUUUAGACAAAGAGUACACUUCAUUCUUUUACUGGCUUUCCAAGCCUACAACUGUAACCCCCCCCACUUGCUGACUGGUGCUUUUUCCCUCUAAUGCUGGUUGAGACAUCUGUAGAGGUUGAUGAGCAUGCCAUAGCUUUGACUUGCCUGAGAUCAAUAGUAGAGACUCAUGUUUUAAGACUCCACAAGUUCUAAAUUUGAUCUUUGCUGCUGCUGACCCACCUCAUUCAGAGUGUAACACGACAUACGUAUCUGUCAGCUCUCUGCUGUACUGAAUUGUUCUAUAAUCCUCUCUGUAUCUUAGGAUGUGAAAACUGCACUUGAAUUUUACUUCAGACAUUCCAAUUAUAACUUGGGUUUGUGGUGAAACAAAGCAUCAGGUUUAU